AUGCACGCUCGUGAUUGGUUUCUAGUAUUCAUUGCUGUAUUUCUGCCACCUGUUUCCGUGGGGUUGAAGAGGGGUUUCUUCACCAAGGACACUUUGCUAAACCUGUUGUUGUUUCUACUGGGAUACUUCCCUGGUUUGAUUCAUGCUCUAUAUGUAAUCAGCAAGCAUCCAUACCCAAGCCACGGCGAUGGAUUGACUCGUCCAAACGACGGUUACGGGUCGCUAAGCUAG